GCGCAUGCGUGCCUCAUCGAGUGUCGGACAGUCGAGCAGCGCGUACGUGAGCUGUGCCCCUCGGAAUCCCUAUCGUAACAAUUAUAAAAAAAUAAUAAUAAAUAACGCGGGGUGUCGCGAGUGAUUUUCACGGUCCGUCGGUAACUGUUUUCAGUUCGGUUUUGGUUUCUCGGUACUAAAUAAAAAAGUGAUCCGUUUCCGUCGGUACUAUGAUGUGUUGGUGGUGUUUGAACGCGUGCGACCCUAGAGAACUGCCAUACAGGUGACGGUACCGAUUUAUCGGAUAACUUCUAUUCCUUAAAAGGAUUUUCGCCGUGUAGAAAUGGUGAACAGCGAAUCCAUGGAAGCAGCGAACGAUGCCAACGGAACGGAACGCGUCACUCAGCUGAACACGGCACCGGCGGAUCUUCAUUCAUCAAGUCCUGUUACGGCUCCCGAGUGUUUAAGUUUCGGCGGUCAAAGUGUUUCAACCAGCGAGUUUGAUACCUCCCCAACUCCAGAGUCAGCCGGCGAAACGUCCAUUGAUAUCACAACGCUAUGCUGCACGGUGCCGUUGGUAAAGCUGCAAGAUAUUUCGUUGGACCCAAAAAAGAAGGCACCGACGAAAAAGUUUUUGUGCUUAUAUUGUGACAGAACGUUUGUGACCACCAGUUUGAGGCAAAAACACGUCGACAGGUGUCACUCUGGGAAGCAAAUAAGAAGGUCCAGCUCGAGAUUCCAAUCGAGGACAACUACCGUUUGCAUUUACUGCAAGAAAUUAAACAACACCGAUCAUACGCUGAACGAAUUGUUUCGCCAUCUGAUCGAGAAGCACCCAAACAAAUACUUCGCUUGUUUGGAAUGCGAGGAGAGAUUUUCGUUUAAGAACUUACUCGACGAGCAUAACUUGGAAACACACAACUUUACAGAAGAUUUAUUAGAAAACGAUUUCGAAGAUGAUAAACUCAGAACAAAACAUAAAGCGAGGAAAAAAGAUGCCGACAAAGAAAUCGAGGAAAACCCUUCGUUACGACUCAGAAAAGAACUACGAAAAAGAAAAGUUAGCGUGAAAAGUACUAAAAGCGGCAUUAAAAAGCAACAUCCGCCUACAAAAACGAGAAAACGAAAAAAGGGGAUGGAAGGCGAGGAAAAAGAAAAAAACUGCAUCAACCCAUACCCAACGUUCGACGCGUAUUUCCGCGUAAAGAAAAUUACCGAUCAUUCGAUAGACAAUUUAAAAAUAAGCCAUUUAACUUUCGACGAUGUUUUUGACAAAGCAUUUUAUAACCGAAUAAAAUGCAACAUCCAAGAAAACCUUCAAAAUCAUAUCGACGGCAAAUUAUUUAAUAACGAAGAGUCGGAAAAUAGGAUCUCAAAUUUCGAAAAAAUGCAAGAAGUUAGUAACACUUUGAGCGAAAAUUUCGGUUGCGAAAUCACUUUAAACGCAGCAACCCCAGUAGUCUCCUUAUUAUCUUCCCAACUAGGCGAAGAUUUAGAAUCGCAAAUAGAAUACGGAGCAAAAGCUUCAAAAAAGAAAGUGCCAGUAAAUAAAGACGAAGUCCAUUACAAAUACUUCACCCGUCGAAAAUACCAGGCGAGCAUUUUACAAAACAAAGAAAACCGAGAUUUAUCUAAAUUAGAUAUGUGGACGCAACUUAUCGUGAAAGAUCGCCAACAAAAAAUCAUUAACGAUCAGAAAACCGAUAAAGAAAAAAUCGAAUACACAAAAGGAAUAGAGUACAAAACAAAAAUGCAAAACGAUGAAUUAAAUCGUAUAUUAGACAGGAGAGGACCUUUCGAAGACUUAAAAGAAGAAGCGAACAAAAUGGCAGCCAUUGAAAAAAUGAAUAGACUGGGUGAAUCCGCAUCACACGUUACCUCAAUUCUCGACGAAAUUUUUAAUAAAGUUUUCGAAAAAGAAAUCAAAACGGAAAUAGAAAACACCGAAAAAACACAAGAAAUAUCAAUCAAACCUGAACCUAUAACCGAAAUCCCUCUUUACCUCAAUCUUCAACGAACCUCACUACACGAAGAAGAUAUUGAUAGAUCCGAUAAAAUCACACUUAUCUGUUCUUCCCAAGAAACCGAAGAUUUCCAAUUAUCCCAAACACCAAGAGAUAAAGAUAAAUUAGUCGAAUUAACGGGGGAAUGGACGAGAACGCGACUUUAUAUUUGUGCUGCUUGUGGUGUUAAAGUAACCAACAUGAAACUUCUUCUUGAUCAUAAAAGCGCGUAUCAUCCAAACGUAUGGACACAACAUUACGAAUUUGUUGGUACUCAAAGUGAUUUGUACCGACAUUUAAGUAUACCCGGUUUGGGAAAAGUCGGACACAUGGAAGAAUACCCGUGUGUUAAAAUUUUGAAGAGAAGUGAUGCUCGAACUUGUACCAAGUGCUCAAAAGCGUGUAAUAGUCUUGCCGAACUUCAUAGGCAUAUGUUGGAAUGCGGCGAAGAUUGGAGUUGGAUGUUGGCGAGGAAAAAAUUGAAAUAUCGACCUUUUGGGUCUAAGUCAAGAAGAAAACGACGAGGUCUAGUCAAACGAAUAAUACAUAAAGAAACUCCCGAUGGUGAACCGAGACCGAAGAGAAAAUACAACGUAAAACCCAAACUCGAAGGGCCAAGGCAACGCCCAAGUGAUGCGGAAUCGAUACAACGUAUGUUGGCUAAUUUGCCAGCAAAAAGAGCUACCAGGAAAUUAAUUUCAAUGAAAGAUGGUAUCUCGAAGCCUAGACGUAACAAAGUGGAACCCGCAUCGUUCGGAAAUCAACUCAACCAUUCCCAAACGAUUGCACAAGACACGGUUCAACAAAAACCCGCUUCAUCUACAGCAUCAACAAAAGUGUUAAAGUGCAACCCGGUGAUAAUUCGAAAAUCGGUAAGAAAUAUAAACAAAGUGUUAGGUUCGAAAGUGCUCGAUAACAAUUCGGCUAUUCGUAUGAAACGAAAAUUGAAAUCGGCUUUGUUAAUAAGAACGAGGAGUCGCGUUGACGAUAUGAAACCAGACGGUGAACAAGACUUUAAAGGAGGUAUUUUAAAUAAAGUAAAAAUGAUCAGUGAUAGUGUUAAAAAAAGGAUUUUUAAAAAGAACGAUAAUAAAAAUAAUGAAAAAGUUGUCGAUGAAAUGAAAAAGGAGAGUAUAGGUACAAAAAUAGUCCAAACAUUAAGUUUUAAAAGAUCGAAAAAGACUGAAGAUACCACCGAAAAGAAAUCAAACAUAAAUCUUUUUAGAGGUAAAUCAAAAAAAGUUAAAGUUAAAGAAAAAAGGAUUCCAAAUAUAGCACAGGUAGAUGGAUCCUCACAAAUAUCGGACGAAAUUUUACCAUUUUUGGAAAAUUUCCAUUUAGAAGAGAGAGAAAACGAUAGACCAAACGCUUGCAUAAGUUUUAGCCAACCCGACGUCACCAUUGAAAAAACCAUCGAAGCGCAAACCUUUGAGGACAUCUCAGCAAAUUUAGGCCAAGUUAUAUCAUCCGAUUUACCAGAAGAAAAUUAUCAGGGGAACGAAAAAAAUGAAGGUGUCAAUAAAAGUCCUAUUGAAGAGAAUCAACAGGAUACUUUUAUUAAAAAAUUAAAUUCGAUUCAAACCGAAAUCAUACUUGAAGAUAUUAAGGAAAAUAUAGAAAUAACAAAAAAUGAGUCAAAAGAUGAAAAUCAACUAAAUGAGGUGCAAGAAAAGGAAGAGAUUAAAGAAAAACAACACGAAGAUGAAGAGAUUGAAAAUAAAGAUGAUGAAGAUAAAAAUGUUGAAUUUAAAGAUGUGGAAGAAAAAGUAAUUGAAGAUAAAGAUGUUGAAUUUAAAGAUGUUGAAUCUAAAGAUGUUGAAUGUAAAGAUGUUGAAGAUAAAGAGAUUGAUGAUAAAUCCUUAAAAGAGAUGGAAAAUCGAGUGAUAGAAUCAAAACCUCUUGUUCAACAUAAAUUGACAGAAUCGUUGCUUAAAAAGGCGAAGAAAAAGACUAAAGGACUUAAUGAUUGUAUUGCGAUGUUAACAAGUAAGUUGCAACAAAAACCAGAACAGAUAAAAGAAAUUGUAAUAACUCCAGAAAAAAUAACUAAAUCUGAACUUUGCCCUGAAGAAGUGGAUAAAUGUUUAGAUUUAAGUUUAAAUAAUAGACACGAUAAAAACGUUAAGAUGUCCCCACCGAUAGAAAAGUGUCACAAAAAACCCGAAAUAUGUUCUUCCAAGUUGAAUAUUCCUAAUCGUACAUUUCUUGUACCACCAAUUAAAGAACCAGCGAUAAAAAAUAUUUUGCCAUCUCUUUUCAACAUUUCGCCAAAACCUUUACUUCCACUGAUGCAGAAUUUAUUACCGAAUCUUCUACUAUCAAAUGCUUAUUUUACCGAUCAUUACCGAAAAUUGCAAGACCAGCCGAUUAUUCCAGUUGUCCAAACUGUAAAACCUGUGAUAUUGAACGUACCGACUUUAAAUUUUAAACACAAAACAGAACCGAAACAUUCAUCAAAAAAAUUGGAUCACUUCGCAAUUAAAAAUCACGUAAUUUUAAACACACCUCAAAUAGAGAUUAAUAAAGACUUAAAAGAUACUGGUAAAACGAUUUCUUGUAAUGUAGAUGUGCCGUUGGUUACGGUAAAUGAAAAAAGCGACGAUGAAAAUAUAUUUGGGAAAAUCAAUGAAGAAACUAAUAUUUUAUCGUUUAAAAAUAUCAUGUUAAAUAAUUUUGAUAAAUUAGAAACGCAACUUAAAAACGACGAACUUAUAAAAACGUUCAAAGAGGUCGAUGUUAAUAUCGAAGUGAAGAGUUUAGAGAAACCUGUAAAUGUUUUAAUCAAAUCGGAUGAUCCAAAAUUGGAGGUUAAGAAAAAACGUGGUCGAAGGAGAUUUAGUAAAAAACGAAAAGAAAAUAUUAAUUUGUUGGAUGAUAAAGUACAAAUUGUCGAUGGAGAAGUUGAUGAAGAUGUAGUGAGUGAGGAGCAAAAUGAUUCUUUAGAACAAAGUGUAAAAGAUAAAAAUGAAGAAAAUGAAUCGAAGUCGAAUGAAGAUUUAAAUCAAGAGAUUCCAACCAAACAAAUUAAAACACGAUCGCGUUCUAAGAAGAAAAAAUCUUCACGCGAUGUUUCAAUCGAUUCAAAAUUAAGCGAUGAUUAUUUAAAUAUCGAUAAUACAAUCGAUGAUAUCAUAAAAAGUGUCGAUAAAAAAAUUAAUACGAAAAGAAAGAAGGAAAAUAUUGAAAACAAAAGUUUUAUUGAUGACGAUGACUCAACAAGAAAUUCGAGUUCUAGUAAAAAAAAGAGUACGAAGAAAAAUAAAGUGAGUGAACCUGUAGAUAUUGGGCUUGAAUUCCAAAUGUUUCUCGACGCUCACGAAUCGGACGUUUUAGAAAAUAAAGCAUUUUUGGAAAAUUUAUCUUCUAAAAAGAAUCAAGUUGAACUUAACGCAACCGAUUCUGAAGAUGAUCUUCCUUUAGCUAUGCUUAUAAAAGAAAAGAUAUUGAAUGAAGUUGAUCAAGAGAAAAUUGGUAAUGAUGAAAUAGCGAAAGAAAUGGAUAUUAAAUUGGUUGAUGAGGUUGAUUCAACUUCAAUUAAAAUUAAUGAAACGAAUGAAAUGAAUGAAAUGAAAGAAAUAAAAGAAAUAAAUCAAAAUAGUUGUGAAGAAAAUAAAAAUUUGGAAAUAGAAACGAAGAAAGUUAAAAAUGUAACGAGAAAAAAAUCGAAAAAUCUUAUUGAACCAAUUUUGAACUUACAAGAAAGUAAUUUCGAUGUAAAUAUGGUGGAAGAAGAAAAUAUAAUUAAAACAACUUCGAAAAAAAUAACCCCGAAAAGAAAGAAACGAAUUAAAACUGAGGAUUUGAAGUUAUCUGAAGUUGUUAAAGAGCCGAUUAUUUCUUGUGAUCAAAAUGAAUGUCCUAUUCAAAGAACGAUUGUUGAAAGUCCAAUUAUGGAAUCUGAUGUUUUAUCGCAUAAAUCGAUCUCUAAUAAUGAAGAAUUAAAUGUGAGUGAGGAAUUAAAUGUGAGUCAAGAAGUAAGUGUGAGACAAGAAGUAAAAGUGAGUCAAGAAUUAAAUGUGGUUAAAGAAUUAAAUGUGGCUAAAGAAGUAAAUGUGGCUAAAGAAGUAAAUGUGAGUCAAGAAUUAAAUGCUAUUCAAGAAUUAAAUGUGGCUAAAGAAGUAAAUGUGAGUCAAGAAUUAAAUGUGAAUCAAGAAUUAAAUAAGAAUCAAGAAUUGAAUAAGAUUCAAGAAUUAAAUGUGAAUCAAGAAUUAAAUAUGAAUCAAGAAUUAAAUAUGAAUCAAGAAUUAAAUGCGACUCAAGAAUCAAAUAUGUUGCAAGAAUCAGUUUUAUCAAGAUGUGAAGAAAUCGAUGAUAAAACUGUUCAAAGUCGACCAAGGCAAGGUAGAAGAAAAAAUAAAAGGAAGAAACAAAAAGAUGUAUUGACAUUGGAACAACUUGAAGAAUUUUUAGAUGAAGCUGAUACAUUACAGCGAAUUUUAAAUAAAACUAAUCCUAAUUACCAAGAUUCGAUGAAGGAUAAUGAAGAGGAAAGCGUUGAAAAAAUAGUGAUUAAACUACCGAAAGUCCCACAACAGAAAAAACGUAAAAAUAAAACUAAUAAGAGUGAGAAGCCAAUAAAAGAUCCUUAUGAAUUUGAAGAAACUCGAUUUAAUGAUGAGUUAUCUAGUAUGGCAUCUAUUGCAUCAUCUACGAUAUCAUCCGCCAUAUCAUCUACGAUAACAUCUACCGAAACAUCUAUAAUAUCAUCUGAGAUAACAUCUACAGUGUCAUCUAUAAUUACACCUAUGAUAUCAUCUGAGAUAAUUCCUACUAAUGAAAUAAAUAAAUCAAACGAUGGAGAAGAAAAUGUGAAAUCUGUAAUAAAUAAUGAUUUAAUUAAGAAUGAUGAUAAAAAAGAUCUUUUGGAAAAUAAAUUGCCUAAGAAAAAACAUAAAAAGAAAGAUUUAAAAAAACCUAAAGAAUCUCUGUUGUUUACAGAUACUGAAGAUUCUAAUGGCACGAUGAAUAAGAAAGGCAAAAAGAUUAAAAUAAGUUGUCAAAUUUUUCAGAAAAGUAACAAAUUUGUAUCAAUUGAUAAAACGCGGGAAAAAGAAGAAGACGAAGAAUCAAGCGAUUCAAAUCAAUAUGAAAGAACAAUUACGAGACCAAAUCCUUUUCAAAUACCUGUUAUUAAGGAAGAAGUACCUGAUGCGUCCGAUGAGAACCAAGAUAUUCAAAUGGAGGUGUUUCAACCUCAAGAAACUAAUCCGACUCAAUUUGAAAUACCCAACCCUUUUUUAACGGUUUCGGAAGAAAUAAAAGAACCCGUUUUGAAUAAUCCAGAAGAGAAUCAAAUUUCGAACGUUUUCAGCAUCUCAAAUAUCCUUCAAGAUAUAAAUCAUCAAAAUAUUGUUGAAAUCGAGAAUUUUGAACGGAACACCAACGAUGAUCAAUUAGAAAAAGAGGUUGAAUCAGCGAUGGAAAUGUCUAUUGAAGAUUUAGAAAACGAAAUUCGGCGUAAAAUACAAAUGAGUAAUCAAAUGUUACAAGGCCAACCCAAUGAAAGUUUAAGAAACGAAGAAAAUCAAAACGAUAAUUUAAGUGAUGAUGAAAUUGACAAGUUUUAUAAUAAUAUGAGAACUACGAUUGAUGGGAUUAAUAGAAUCGAUGAUGAUGAUGUUGAUAAGGAAAAAAUUGAAGAUGUUGAAAAAGUAAUAAAAAAAAUUGAUAAAAAAUCGAAAAAAAGUUUUCAUAAAAAACGCUCGGAAUUAAACGACGAAGAAUCCGACUCAAAUAAAGAAGAUUAUGAAAAUGAAUUUAUUGCAUACAGUGAGUUUCAAAUUAAUUCCGACUCCACGAACGGAAUUAACAUCCUUAAAAUAUGCCGAAAGAAAAUUUGCGAUCCCAUUCAACUUUUAACGGACGAAAUUUAUCAAGAAAAGAAGAAAUCGAAACGUAGCCAUAAAAAAUCGCAUGGUAAUAAAAAGAAACGCAAAGAUUAUUCAAACGAAAAUUUAAUCAAUGCAGUUAACACCAAUAAUAACUCAGAAGAAAUAAUCGAUUUCCAAGAAAAUGUUCAAAACGAUGAUUUAAUAAUAACUGAGGAAAAAAUUAAUUUAGAAGCGGAUUAUCAAAAAGCUUUUGAUGAUCAAAAAAAUAUGGAGGAAGAUAUGGAAAUAGAAGAAUCACCAGCUAAUGGUAGCAUCAUUGAAAAUAAUAUUAAUAUAACUCAGACUUCAAAUUUAAUGUUUGAACAUUUUUAUAAUGAUAAAUCAAGUGAGAUUAUUGGUAAUGAUGAUGUUAUUGGUGAUGAUAAAUUAAGUGAUGAUGUUAUUGGUAAUGAUAAAUCAAAUAAUGAAAUUGUUGUUUUAAAUGAUGAAAAUGAUAAAUCGAUCAAUGAUAAUGUUGAUAAUAAUUCAAAAAUUGAUGAAUUUAAAGAAAUUGUGAACAAAGAGUCAACGGAAAAUGAAAUAAACUUCUUAGAUGAGAAAUUAGAAACUAAAGAAAACGAUGAAAUAUUCGACAGCUUUGAAAUACCCACAAAAACAACUAAAUUUCGAGGUAAAAAAGGUAAAGGUAGAAAAGGAAGUGUUCGUAAUAAACGCGAAAAAUUACCAGGGAUUGAAAAUUUAGACGAAGUUUAUUGUGAUAUUUGUAACAGAAGUUUUACAAGAAUGGAAAAUUUGGUUAAACAUAAAAAAACGUUAACACAUAUUGCUAAAUUAUCGGAAAUCGAAGCAAGAGAAGCUGAAAUAAAAGCUAAAUUAUUAGAGAAAGAGGAACAAAAAAAGUCGGAAAUUUUAGAAAAAGAUGAUAUUCCAUUUUCGUUAAAACCAAGCACGCUUAAUUUAGUUGACAUAAUAAACGAUGUUUUAGAUAAACCGAUUGAGAAAGAGAAUAACUUAAUCGAUAAUUAUAUUUCGAAUUCAUCCAAUUCAAAUUUAGAAACGAAGCGUUAUAAAAGUUUGGGUGAAAGAAAAAGUUUCGAAUCUGAUAUAAACGCAACAUAUCCAUUUAACACUAUUCCAAUUGCGAACGAAAAGAUUCCUACAGCUACGGUUCUAAAACAACAACUAACAAUCUUGGAGAAUAUAAUCGAAAGAGGUUACAUCGACGAUAUCACCGAAUCAUCUAAAUCCGGCUUAAGCGAUAACAAAUCUGAAAAUUUUAACAAUUUCGUUAAACCAUCAACUCAAUACGAAGAAAUUUCAAACGAUAGUUUAUCGGUGAAAAAUCAAUUUGAAGAACAAUCGCAUCGGAAAGUUCUAAAUCGGGAUGAAGCGCUAUUUUUGGAAUGUUGUAGCUUGUUAAAAAGUAGCUCGGAAGUUUCAGAUUUCUCAAAAAAAUCGUCAAAUCAAAUCUUACAAAACACUUUUAAUAUGAAGCAGUCGGAAGAACCCGAAUGGCUUGAAACGAAAUCUUUAAACAACCAACCUUUACAGAUUGAAACAAAUUGUUUUGAUAAUUCUUGCCCAAAUACUCCUUUAGGGGAUGGUUUUGGCGAUGAAUAUUCAAAUACUAAUUCUAAUACGAUAGCUACUGAUUGGAGUACGAAACAACGCGAAAAAGAGGAAAAUAAUGAUAAUGAAAGGAAAUUUAUUAUUUCUGAAAAUGAAGAGUGCGUCAUUUCGGAUGGUGAAGACGAGAAAUUAUGGAAGAAAUCAAAAAAAAGUAAAACAUCAGAAAUAACUCAAACUUCAAUUAUGGAUUAUGCAAUUCCCUUAUCAAUGAAAAAUGAAGAUAUAGACAACAAAAAGGUGAUGACGAAAGGGGCUAUGAAAGUGUUUGAAGGAUUAAAAGUUUCAAUCCCAACAGACGAUUUAGAUUUAAAGGAAUUAUUAAAUGGGACUUACUCGAAAAAAGAAGAUGAUGUUUUUAAUGAUGAAUCUAAAAAAAUUGAUAAGAAAAACAUUAUAAAAACAUUCGGGAAUAGUUUGGGAUUAAAAAUCACCAAGAAGAAACACUUAAAUCUAUCUAAAGACGAAAUUAAUCUUGCUAUUAACACUACGAAUAAAGAAAAAAUUGAUGAUGGCGAAAAGAAAAAUCAUGAUGUGUACGAUUUUGAAGAAACCCAAGAUAACACGGAUUUAUUUGGCCCAAAAUUAUCAACGAUAAAAGAAUUUCGAUCGAAAGAGAAAGAAAAAAAACUUAACGAAGUUAUAACCGAUAAAGAUGUCCAAGAAAGUGAUAGUGAAAGUCAAGGUUGGUUGGAUAAUUUUGGAUUUGACGCCCAAUCACUAUCGAGUUAUUCCUCGGAAUCGACUCAAUUAAGCAUUAAACAAACAGCGGAAAAAAAUAUAACAAAGAAAAAAUGUAUGAUUAUGGGAAGGAUUUUUAAAAAUGCAUUUAAAACCAACAACGUUAAAGACUUACCAACGAUCGAUAACACUAAAUUCGUUGAAGAUUACGUUAAUCAUUUACCAGAACAGAAAACGGAAAAAAGAAAAAUGAGUCAAGAAGAAAUGGACGAUUUGUUUAAUAAAUUGUUAGAUGACAGUAUUGAGCUAAAACAAUCGGAGAAUGAUCACAAAGAAUUCGAAGAGCGCAAAGAAGAACAAAAAAGGGGCGCUAAACCAAAAAAUGAUGCCAAAAAAAUCAACACAAAAGGAAGUAAAAGAAAACGGCAAAGAAAUAACAGCGGAUCAACAGACGACGAAUUUAGUAUAAACAAACCAAGAAGAACUUGCAAGAAAAAAUCAAAAAAUACCGAUAACUCGAUAAAUUUAGAGCAAGAAUUACGCGAAUGUAUCGGAGUUGCAAGUAGAAAAAGUCAACGUUCUUGCACAAGUGGAAAACAAAAUGUUUUAGUUGAAUAUUGGAGUUCGGAUGAUUCAAAUUUCGAAGCUUUCAUUAAAGAAACCAUUUCAUUCGAAUCUUCACCUCAAAAAUUACCCCAAAAAUUAUCACAAAAAUCGACUAAAUUAAAAUCGCCCAGACCUAAAUCAAUCGAACCACAUCCCAUUUCAAAUCCACCAACACCCAAUAAUAAUUCGUCAGAAACAAAAAUAUUUAAACAUCAAGAACCAAUAAAACCACCUUCACCAAUAACAACUCCUAAAUCGCUGAUUAAAACAACCCAACAACAAAAAUCGCGUUGUAUUGAUAAUACGAAUAAAUUAAAACAACCGGGUAGAAGAAAAUCAACUAAUAAAACGGCUAAAUCGAAAAAAUCGAUUGAAGAUGAUGAUCCGGAAGAUAAACAAUUAAAAAAAGUGAAAGUAACCGGUGAAACUUUAGCUUCAAAUCGUAGAAAAAGACCUGCAGCUGAUACUUUAUACUAUUGGUCAAGUUCGAGUGAAGAUGAAUCACGUGAUUUUAUCGAAACGAAACCGAUUCGUGAUGAAAUUGAUGAUGAUGAUGAUGACGACGAUAUGCCCGUUCAACACGGUUGGAUUGUUGGUGAAUCUACUAAAAAAUUAGUGACGAUGUUGGCACAAGCGAAAGGGAAAAAAACCGAUACGGACUGUGUAAAAGAACAGGGACGAAAAAGGACUACAAUUUAAAAAAUUAAAUGCAUGUAAAUAUUUGAGACGAGUUUCGCUUCGUUCGUGUGUUUGUGUGUGAGUGUGAAUAUGGGAAAAAAGUAAUAAUAAUAAAAGGAGGAAGGCUAUAUUAUUAUGAUAAAUUUAGAAGAUUUAUGAUAGAGCUGAAAAAUAAAAUCGAAAAAAAAAUAGCUGAAACGUUGUUCUAGUGCAAAAAGUGUACAAAUUAUCGCUGCGUAGAAAAGCGUUUUCGAUUUAAGAGAAACCGUUUUGAGAAUAUAUUUGUUUUCCUUU